AUGCCGAAUGACACGAGAUAUUAUUACGACGUGAUAAACACCAAGUGGUGGUAUUUUGAUACCCUCUCCGGGGGGUGGAGAGAAUGCGAAGAAGAGGCAGCAACAGAGGAGGCCGCAGAGUACGCAGCAGAGUACGCAGCAGAGUACGCAGCAGAGGAAGAGGUAACUGCAGAAAGUGCCAAAAAUUGUGAGGAAAAGAAAAGCCAUAAAUAUCAUGGUUACAGAAAUGUGGACAAGUGGAACGAACGAAAUUACAAGAAUCACCCCCAACAUGUUAUGAACGGAAGAGUCGAAACAAAAAAGGGAAAACGGUCGGAAAACAAACUCCAUAAUUAUGCAUGUACACCAAGAAAAACCUCAAAAGCGAAUUCGGAAAGUUCCAACGCGGCCAGCAACACUAAGCACUACUCCUUUAAGAGCAACGCAAAACAGCAUAAGCAUGGGAAUCUUCUGGAGCAUAAUGAGACGUAUGACUACUCGUAUGAGGAUGACGGGCAUGGAAAAUACCCAAAUGGUGAUGCGGAGGAAAAUAGCUACGGUGAAAGCGGUGAACACUACGGUGAAAGCGGCGAACACUACGGUGAAAGCGGCGGACACUACGAUGAAAGCGGUAGGCACUACGACGAAAGCGGUGGGCACUACGACGAAAGCGGUGGGAAGUAUGACGAGGCCGGCGAACACCACGAUGAAAGCGGUGGGAACUAUGACGAACAAUGGGGGUAUUAUGACGAAUACGGGGGCUACUACGAUGAAUAUGGGGGGUACUACGAUGAGCAGGGUGGGUACUACGAUAAAAACGGGUUCUAUUAUGAUGGAAGUGGAGAGUAUUAUGAUGAGAGCGGAGUCUACAAGGGAGAACAUGGGAUGUACUAUGACGAGAACGGGGGUUGCUACGACGAAAAUGGUCAUCUUUACGAUGGAAGUGAAGAACACGGUGAGGCAAGCGGAGAACAUUGCGAAGAAAGUGGAGAGCACCACAACGAUAAAGGGGGCCAUCACGAUGAUAACGAUAAACACUACUACGAAGAUGGUAGCGAAAAUGCAAAGGGGGUUACUCAUAAGGUGGAGGGAGGGGGACGGCUUGAAAAAGGGGCAAGAAGGCAUGUCCAUAAUUACGACGAUAAGGUGAGCAAAGAUUUUGCGGCAAGUAGAAGUUAUUUACCCCAGCCAGGUAAAACGAGCAAUUUGAGGAAGUCAAAUGAAAGCAGCAGAGGUGAUCACGGGGAUGGUAACAAAAGUGAUGGGCAUGGGAGUCGCAAAAGUGAUGGGUAUGGAAGUCACAAAAGUGAUGGGCAUGGAAGCCGCAAAAGUGAUGGGCAUGGAAGCCGCAAAAGUGAUGGGCAUGGAAGCCGCAAAAGUGAUGGGCAUGGAAGCCGCAAAAGUGACAAUAAAUCGGAGCAAAGGUGCAACUCCCCAGACAAAGAAAAAACCAGUUACGACGAUUUAAUGAAAGACAUGGCGGAAAAAAAAAAAAAAAAAACUCUCCACUCGAUGAGUUCGGGUGACUCAGAAAACUCUGACAAGUUAAGCGAGCGAAUUAACAGCUUGCUGAAUCACUCGAGCAGCAACUUGUCUCUACUUUGUAAAAAGGAUAGUUCGACCAUUUUGGAAAACUUGCUAAGUAGGAGCUUCACCAAAUCUGACCAUUUUAAUUCCAUCAAUACUAUUGAAAGGGCAAGUGAAGAUGGAAAGGAUGAAAAUAAAGGAGCGAAUAAGCUGAUCAAGAGAAAGACAAAAGUAAAUUUCGAUGAAAUGUAUAGGGCUGAAUAUAAUGGUGGUAAAGAGCAGAUGGGUAAGGGUAGCGAUCUUAGCCAUGGAUCCGUCAACAGCGCGGGGAACAACGCCGACCGCAGCGAUAAGGGUAAUGACACCGAAACGAGCUAUGUGCCAUUCGUGAGGAGGACCACGAGAACACUCACCUUUAAGAAUCAGGGAGGACUAGCGGGCUGUCUAAAAGUCUUUCAAGAAAAGAAAAAAGAGUUAAUGUCCUCCACGGGCAGUGAUGUAAGCGACAUGGAAAUUAAAAUUGCCAACCUUAAAAGGAGGGCCAGGGAGCUCGCCCAAAGGUACAAAACCAAAAAUCAGUCCACGGGGGAUCAACUCAAAAGUGAUCAAAUUAAGACAAAAUUUGAAGAGUUAGUUUUUCUCGUACAGCAACAAAAGAAGCAAUCCCAUGAGAAGGGGAAGAACCUCAAGUGA